AUACUCCGUAUAGGACUCAUAAUAGCCAUAAAGAAAAAAAUAAAAAAAAUUAAUUCAACAAUUCAAUCGUUCUCUCUUGCCUUUUUUCCCCUUUCAGCCCCCAAUCUCUCUAUUUCUAAUAAUCCUCUCAAUUUAUUCCCCUCUCGAUUUCUCCGAUUAUCUCUUUUGGUUUAAGUGGCAGGCUUAUAGCAGAAAUGGAGUCUUCAAAAGAGACAGGUUGCCAGGCUAGAGAAGGCCCCAUCCUGUGUGUUAACAACUGUGGAUUUUUUGGUAGUGCGGCCACCAUGAAUAUGUGUUCCAAGUGUCACAAGGACAUGAUACUGAAGCAGGAACAAGCUAAACUUGCAGCUGCAUCCUUUGACAACAUUGUAAAUGGAAGCUCAAGCGGUAAUGACAAAGAGCCUGUUGUUGCUGCUGUCAUUGAUGUGCAAACUGGCUCGGGGGAAUUAAAGGCCGUCCCCGUAGAAGCUUCUGCAGAAUUAGCCUCGAGUUCAGAGAUGAAGCCAAAAGAAGGCCCAAGUAGGUGCAAUACUUGCCGCAAGCGUGUGGGUUUAACAGGUUUCAACUGCAAGUGUGGCAAUCUUUUCUGUGCAGUUCAUCGUUAUUCGGACAAACAUGAAUGCCCAUUUGAUUAUAAGAAUGCUGGUCGGGAUGCUAUAGCUAAAGCAAAUCCUGUGGUUGUUGCCGAAAAGCUUAAUAAAAUCUAGGAGCCUUUGUUGAAGGUUAUGUGAAGUGAAGCAUGAUUCAUUAGCUUUAAGCUCUGUCCAUCUCCCUAUAAGUUCGCCACUUGUCUUCUGGUCUCUCUUAGAUACAGAUGGUAUAAGGCAUCAAAAGCGGAGCAUCUUUGCAAGUUCAUUGCAGCCCCUGUCAAGUGCUAGAAUGGCUCCAGUGUGUAAGUUGUUAUUUGUGCUGGUCUGGUGGACAUCUUCAUGCAAUUUGUAAUUUGUCCUCGUUCAUCCUAUUUCUCUGUCUUAUAUAAUGUGCAGAAUGUCUAUCCCUUGUUUACUCAAAAAAAGGUUCCGAUUUCUUCAAUGGCUCUGACUUGUGCCCUUCAUUGUCUCUGUGUUCUUGAUCCGUUUGCCUACGUGCUAUAUGAUGUUUGAUGU